AUGGAGAACGGAUUACAGCAACAGCUCCAGCAACUACAACAAUCGAGCCCUGCCUUAGAUGAUUUAGCACGUUCAGAGCUCUUCAAACCAGCCCCGCGCUCUUUCAACCUGGAGCAAUCUACUAGACUGAGUUACCAGAGGGCGAAGGCUUUUGCUAAUGCAUAUGGCUUGACGCUUAAGGAUGUUUUAUACAUCACCCCUAAAUUCUGGAAGCUGCAUCGAGAACCUCUACUGGCAAUUGAUGGCGGGGCUUUCACCCUCCUUAGUAUUCAGUGCAAUCUCUUUGUGGGCACGCUGGCUCCUUUUGCCUUGAAGCGUCCGGAGCUUCAGCCAAUCCUCCAAUCUGCUUUGGAUUUCGAUAUCUCGGCACAAUUCAUGUUGACCGAAGUGAAUCAUGGAUUAGAUGCACGGAAUAUUCAGACAACCGCAACGAUUCUGCCCGAUGGUGACAUCGACCUUCACACUCCUUCCGCAAACGAUGCAAAGGUCAUGCCGCCAACUACACCGAGGGGUGGUAUUCCAGUGAUUGCAAUUGUGAUGGCUCGUCUUGUGAAUGAAGAUAAAGACUAUGGAAUCCGGCCAUUCCUAGUCCAACUUGGAAACGGAAAAGAGAUGUGUAAGGGUGUUAUAGCGAAGGCCUUGCCUCAACGAACUGGUGCCCAUCCAGUCGAUCAUGCUCUCACAUACUUUGACCACGUUCGUCUACCAAGAUCCGCCUUACUUGGCAGUGCGGAAGAAACAGAAAACAAGCGCGAAGGGUUCUUGUCCUCGAUCCAUCGCGUUGCAGUGGGUACUCUCUUCCUCUCAGGGUGUGUCAUCCCAUCACUCAAGCUCGCCGCCUACAAUGCCGCGUGUUUCAGCCAGAACAGGCUUGUCAGUGGCCAAGACGGAAAACCGGUGGCAGUGAUUGAUUUCCGGACUCAACAUAUGCCCAUCCUCCAUACUAUCGCCCAGUAUAGUGUGCUAGAAGCAUUCCUCGUUUCUGCAGCGAUGGCGUUCCGAGAACAGAGCGUGGACCCCCGAGUGCGCCAUGGUAUAGCCACAGCUUUCAAGGCGAUAGCACUUGGUCAUUUCAACAAAAGCAUCAAUGCUAUGAAUGAGCGAUGUGGAUGGCAUGGACAUUAUGAGCAUAAUCAGCUCCUUCAGAUGGAGCUGGAAAUGCGCGGCGCAUCGACUGCAGAGGGCGAUAUCCGCGUUCUUGCCAUCCGACUCGCGUCUGAACUAUUGAUCGGUCGGUAUCAAAUGCCUCCACCAAACGAUCCCAGCAGCCCCAUUGCUCGACACGAGGCGUCCCUGUUCUCCGAAGCGAGGGAUCUUCUUCAAGAAGGUGCCAAGGGAGCUCACCGAAGCGAGCGAUUCAAUCGGGAUAUCCUUCCGCUCGCUCUUCCAUUAGUUCAGGCAGUUGGCCACAGAAUGGCAUAUGAAGCUGCUAUAGACGCCAAUAUUGACUCGAGCUUGCUUGACCUUUAUGAGAGUGGGGUUUUGAAGGAGGACUCUGCGUGGUACGUUGAACAAGGGGGACUCAGCAGAGGAGUUCAACGCGAAAUGGAAGCUCAGGCGGUGGAUGUCUUACUUCCCCAGAUGAAGGAUCUCCUGUUGGUUUCUGGUGUCCAGCCAUAUAGCAAUGCCCCCAUGACUUCGAAGACAUUGUGGAAUGAUUUCGUUUCGGGGUUGGAGGUCUUCGAGGGAGAUGCGCCUUCAGAUCUGUUUCCUUGA